AUGACGAUAUUGAUUUAUGACUAUUACGAAUUAGAGGAGAGAGCUUCCAGACAUCUCAGCGCAUGGAAAGCAUGGCAUUUGAUACUGUUCUCCGCAGCAGGAAUAUUCGGUAUCCUGAACUAUGUGUUCCUCCAGAACACCAUGCAGUUAGUGGAGUACAAUUGUGUGCUGAUGCCAAGGAAGCUGGAAUUCCGAACAUUCGAAUUGCCCAACAAUACAGCUGACGUUGACAAUAAUAAAAUAAACUCAACAUAUUUUAGCUUUAAAGGAAUACCGAGCAAUACUGGCAAUACUGAAGCUAAUGCGACUGAAACAGUGACCGAAAUAAAUGACUCGGUUCACGACGAUAAUAAAACUAAUACAGUUAAAAAGAAUAAAAGGCAAGUGAUAGAGAACAACGUUCACCCUGAUGUUAUUGUGGAAGAAGAGAACGCGACGAUUAUGACAGCUUUAGGAAACGAAACCCAUCGCCUAGUCCUGGAUACGUCACGGACACUGUUCGCACGGGAUAUGGACUGCCAGUUUACCGAAUACAUGCCUAUCAUGUCCACGGUGUUCGCCGCUCUCUGGAUAACUUUCUUCACCAUGUGCCCAGGAGGUGGACAUUCUAGAACAGGACUUCAGCAACCAUGGCGUAUCGUGAUACCCGCGCUGCUGUUUUCGUUGAUACUCGUAGGAGUGACGGGUCACAACUACACACUAACGAACAGGGGUAUCCAGGACUUCUGUGCAGCCUUCUAUAACAUAACCAACACUACUACUUGUUCCGCGGCGAAUGCGUACCUGGAGAACGGUCUGUCGGCGUGGUGGGGGCUGGGCGGGCGGGCGGCGGCGACGCGGGCUGCCAGCGCGGGCGUGUGGGCUAGCGGGGCGUGCAGCGCCGCGCUGCUGCUGACGCGCUGCCUCACCGCCAGGGACUUCGUCGUGCGCCGCACGGCGGUCACCAUCGCGCGUGACCCGCAACAGAAAGUAACUCCAUAUUUGAAAAAGACGAAACGACGAAAAACUUCCCUAAACUCCCCUACAGCCAGGGACACCGUUUCGAUAAAAUCCGAGCCGACAGCUACGACGGAAUUGGUAACAGCCUCAAUCGAACCAGGCCAGGAAACCGCACUCAACACCCCCGAAAUUACACCUGUAAGAAGAUCCAAAAGAGAAGUCGCUAUAGAAAUGAAUGACUCGCCGCAAACCAUAAUUAAUAAAAUAAUAAAAUAA